AUUAUAUACCAGAGAUAAGUUUUAAUACUUGCUACAGUGCGAUUUACGGCAGAAGUACGUAAAAUCCCAACAGCGCCAGAAUAGUACAGCAAUUUAAAAAAAAUUAUAUUAUUUUAAACCUUACGGAAACAGCAAAGGCCGAGUUCCAGUCGGGGUCUUUGUGUCCGGCUUCACAGUGUGUAUCUAUGGGAAUCCACCACAAGCGACACAAACACACACCGCAGGCUAGGAAGUCACUGUAGCGCAGCAACACAGUGCGUACUUCAAGAAACCAUGUUGAGUAAUGCGUUUUCAUUCGCGGCCUGACAACUUAAGUCUGCUGUUUACUAAAUAGUCACCGUCAUAUUAGAUAAUACUUGUUUAUUAAUCCGGUAGCCGUACAGUAACGCAGUGAAUGGCGAAGAGAAGAGCGAGACGCGGCUAGUCUGAAGCUGCGACUCCAGAAGCCCAACAAGAUGAUGCGACGUCAGAGAGUUUACGGUCAAAUCUGCGGCUAAAUAAUCGUGUAAUACUUUAUUAAACACCAUAUUGAUCGAUUUCUUAUCGGAUACGACUAGUUAGCUGGCUAGCUGGGUGUAAAUUGGUUGAUACUGAAAGGGUGUUGUUGUUAGCAGGGCCAGAUCGUUACAUUGCUUUACCCCGGGUUGUUUUAAGAUCACCGGCGGGCGGUUGGGACCUUUUUUAACAGAUAAAAAUGGCAACAGGCUCCAGUUUUCAUUUCGGAGGGAGUGGGUCUAGAAAUGGACCAUCAUUCGCAUCACCGUCGUCUUCCUCGUCUGGAGUGCCAGGACAGGCUCAGCCGAUGGCGGUGGUUUGGGAAUGGCAGGAUGAUCUGGGGUUCUGGAGGCCCUACACCGGACAGGUGAGCAGCUACAUCGAGCAGUGUCUCCAGAGAGGAGCCGGGACCGCCAGCAGCAGCAGCAACAACAGCAUUUGUCUGGCACAGGCAGACCCCAGCUUGUCUGCGUACAUCAUUGACAUCCCCAACCUCAAACAGUUCAGACAGGACACUGGAAAGAUGCGUGCUGUACGGCGAUCCCUGUUCCCGCAGUCCUCUGCCCUGGGCAGUGGGGUUCUUUGGGAGUGGGCCAACGAUGAAGGAGGCUGGACUGCGUAUGAGAUCCGAACUUCCAUUUUGCUGGAGCACAGCUAUCAGGCGGGGCAGGCCACAGCUGACCUGAACCCACACGGCUACAACUACAUUGUGGACCUCACUGCUCUGGAGCAAGUCAACAAGGUAACAAGCUACAGACGACGCGUCAGACGGCAAGGCAGCGUGCCGUAUCCUCUCGCCUCCGGUUCGGUUAUUCACACGGGCCCGGCCUGUACCUGUCACCAAUGUGUGAGCAACAGCAGCACCACCGGACCCAUGCUGAGCCGGUCACGGCAUUCCUACACCGCGGGGCAGACCAACCGGCCCAGCCUCCAGACCCAGCAUGGAAGACUUCCUGGAACCAGCUCCUCUUCAGCCUACUUGCCCUACCCCAGAAGACCCGUCUCGAUGGGAAGCUCGUUAUGGAACGGCCCAUGGAGCACCCCACCUUCGGUGGCUCAUCCUUCAGGACCGCCACAGGCUUUUAGUCACCAUGCAAAUGGCUUGAGCAUCCCAACCAUCCCUCUGCACAUAAACGGAUCCAGUAGUGUGAACUCUGCACUGGCAGGCAUGGCUUCCAUUUUGAUGUCAGCUGCAGGACUGGGAGUUCGCUUCUUGACCGCCCCCUUCUCCCAGAGUGGCUCCAGCAGGCCCACCAAAGGCCAGCCCAGCUCCGUUAAGAGGGCAAAGAGACAGUCCAGGACAGCACCGACUCAGAAACCAGAAGAAGUUAUUAAGAAAUACAUGGAGGAAGUGCCAGUGCCCCCAGAGGAGGACUGUAUUAUCUGUAUGGAGUGCCUGUCCUGCCCGUCUGGUUAUGAGGUCCCAGCUGAGUGCUCUCAGCCUCAGUUCGCCGUGGGCAAACUUACAAAAUGUGGUCACACUUUCCACACGCUCUGCAUGCUGGCCAUGUACAACAAUGGAACCAAGGACGGGAGCCUGCAGUGCCCCUCAUGUAAGACAAUCUACGGAGAGAAGACCGGCACCCAACCAAAGGGCAAGAUGGAGAUUUACAGUAUCCCUCAGUCUUUGCCUGGACACCCAGACUGCGGCACUAUACAAAUCAUUUACAACAUCCCGCCCGGAAUACAGGGUCCCGAGCACCCAAACCCAGGGCAGCCGUAUACGUGCAGAGGAUUCCCUCGCUUCUGUUUCCUUCCUGACAAUGACAAAGGAAGAAAGGUGUUGGAGUUGCUGAAAGUGGCAUGGACACGGCGCCUCAUCUUCACCGUGGGCACUUCCAGCACCACAGGGGAGCCGGACACCGUCAUAUGGAACGAGAUCCACCACAAGACGGAGAUGAUGUCCAACGUCUCCGGCCACGGCUAUCCCGACCCCAACUACCUGGACAAUGUGCUCUCAGAACUGGCGUCACAGGGCGUGACGGAGGACUGCCUGAAACGAGAGCUUCAGAGCCAAGGGGCUCAAGGUUCAGCCAUGUGAAGCAGACCGUCCCAUCUACUGUAGAUCUAAUAAAACUUGCCGAAAAGGGAAAACUAGAAUUACGCUGUCGGUUGGAUGUAUGCGAAUGUGGUUGAACGCAACUUCCCUCAUCCGUUUCCACUCCUCGGCUGAGUCCUAGAAUAUUAACGCACAUGUGGGGUCACUGGGUUCGUGGUCAUCUUUACUUUUACCGUAUUGUAAGGCAGCUACAGAUGGUUCUGCAGGAAUGGCUCGGUUUAAUGUCGUAGAUUGAUGAGGGUGCCCGAAUCUCUUGCCAGAGGGAAACUCGCCAAUUUAGGCAUCCAUCUCAACACGAUUCAUCAUAGGGCUAUGAUGUCCUUCCUAACGUUCUACAUUACAAUAGAGCAUCUGCAACUAUGAUAACUGGGAAUAAAAGCAGUACGAAAACAGUAAAAAUUGCAUAUCAAUGCAAGUCAUAAAUCUUACUAGUACUGUAAAAUGUACUGCUUCAGAAUUGAAAGGCACUUUUACAGAGUCUGCAGCUGGUAAUUUAGGUAAAUUUUGUUUAGGGAUAGUUCACCCAAAAAUGUAUAAUAACCCUAUGAUUUACUCAAAGCCAUACUAGACGUAUAUGACUUCCUUAUUUCAAACGAAUACAAUUGGAGUUAUAUUAAAAAAUGUUCUGUUUCUUCCAAGCUUAAUAAUGGCAGUGAAUGGGUGUUUAGAUUUUGAAGGCCAAUAAAGUGCAUCCAUCCAUCAUAAAAAGUGCUCCAUACAGCUCUGGGGUUAUUAAAGGCCUUCUGAAGUGAAUCAAUGUGUUUGUGUAAGAAAAAUAUCCAUAUUUGAAACUUUAUAAACCAUAAUCUCUAGCUUCCGCUAAGUGCCGUACACGUAUUCACGAGAGAGUGGCAUUCCAGCGGAUGACGUAGGACGUAGGCAAAUGCAGUAAUGAACGCAGAAGCAAAACAAAACACCGGUCACAAAUUAAGGUAUAAAACGAAGGUUUGUAAAGGAGGAUUUUGAUGUAAGCCAAUAGGAGACUCAUUUUCCUUUGCUGUAACCAAAACAUGGUUCUUGUGAGAAUAGCAUAUUCUAACCGGAGCUUACGCUACACCUACAUCAUCCACUGGAACAAUACUCUCUUGUGAAUCCACGUACGACAGUUUAAAGAUUGUUUUAUAAAGUUUCAAAUAUGGAUAUUUUUCGUACAAAAAGACAUUGAUUCACUUCAGAAGGCCUUUAUUAACCACCUGGAGUUGUGGAGUAUUUUUCAUAUUGGAUGGAUGCGCUUUCUGGACUUCAAAAUCUCAACAGCCAUUCACUGGUGUUAUAAAGCUUGGAAGAGCCGCAACAUUGUUUUAAUAUAACUCUGAUUGUAUUUGUCUGAAAAAGAAAGUCAUAUACCUCUAGGAUGGCUUGAGGGUGAGUAAAUCACGGGGUAAUUUUCAUUUUUGUGUGAACUAUGCCUUUAAAUUGUUUUUUUUUUUUUUGUUUUCAGGUCAGAUUUGGUGAUGGUGUUCACUCGCUGCUAUUACGUUUUCUUUUUGUUUACAAUCAUGAGGGACUUUUAUAUUCCACAGAAAGUCAUAGAGGUUUGGAACGACUUGAGGGUGAGUCAGGAUCUUCAUUUUUGCGUGAACAUACACUUUUUAAUUUUCCUCUCAAUUCCACAAACAAUACAUUGCAAUGACCCCCCCCUUUUUUUUUAAAUAUACAUUCAUUAAUUUUAGUUAUUUAAAAAUGUGUUUCAACAGCUCGGCAACACUACAUAAUGUUGUUUAAAAAAAAAUUCAGUGCUUAUUUAAAUGUAGUCCAGAACCUGAAAAUAGGUGUAGAAAUGCAAUUCCACAGAAUUAUCAUUAAGUUGCAGUAUUAGAUGGUGCCACAGAGACAAUCAGCAGUGAUUAAGAUACAGUUCAUUACCACUGCGAGUCUGGAGACAUUCAUUCAUUCAUUCAUUCAUUCAUCAUCUCAUAUUCCACACUAUGGGAUAUUUGGUUUUACAAUGUAUGCAACUGUAUAUAUAAAUAUAUAUUCAACUUCUAAUCAGCAAUAAACAUUACUCCAUAUAACAACA